GCCUACACGCUUCUCAUUUCCCCGAUUGCACCGCGCACCACCACCACCACCACCACCAUCACCUCCUCCCUGGCCCCGUCCUCCUCGUUGCGGAUGGCGGUUUGUGACGUGCUUCUUCUUGCCAUCCUCUGUCUGAUGUGAGCAUCGCGCUCGCUUUUCCAUUUUGGCUUUCUGCACCCAUUCGCAUCGGCUGGACCACGUCUUCGUGCCCUGGCGCCGGAGCUUCGCACCUCCGUUGGGCGAACGUCGAGGUGAACGACCAUCGCCAGAGCCACGGCGACGCACGCAAAGCACGCAUACGCUGCCCCUUCGCACGUUCGAAAACGCACCUGCACUCGCUCCCUGGCGACCGCUGCCGGCUCGAUCUGACCGAUGGCCACGCUCGAGGCCUCGAGCCCGUUUCCCGACAGUUCGAUCGAUCCGGACGAUGUCGUGUACCCGUGCAAAGGAUGUGGAGAGGUAUGGCAACGAUGCUGGCGAUGGACUGUCCCCGUCCAGAGGAUGCGUGUCGGCGCGAUGGAAGAGUGGUGACAGCGUGACUGACGAUGCCCGACGCAGAUUCUCGAAGAAGGCAAGGCCUUUGAGCUAGCUGGCAACCGAUGGCACAUUGACUGCUUCCGGUGUAACACCUGCGGCACCCUCCUCGAUUCCGACGCUAACCUGCUCCUUCUCGGCGACGGCUCGCUCAUCUGCAACAAUUGCACGUACAGUUGCAGCGCUUGCAACAACAAAAUCGAGGACCUUGCAAUCCUGACCGGCGAUCAGGCUUUCUGCGCCAAUUGCUUUCGGUGCCGCAAUUGUAAACGCAAGAUUGACAACUUGCGCUACGCUCGCACAUCACAUGGCAUCUUUUGCAUGAGCUGUCAUGAAAGUCUGAUGGCACGACGACGCAAGAACAAAAAAGCGACACGCAACCCCACGCCUGCCUCCAACGGUCUUAACAAAUCUUUGCCUGACAUUCCGCAACAUGAGAUCCCACCCAGCGCAUUCGACACGCCAGAUCUCGAGACGCCGUCGUCAGACAAGCUGAACGACUCCGUUUACUCGGGCGGCGCCUCUUCAAGCCGUGCUACCAAGACUCGAAAGGAUGCAACCGACGACGAUCAAAUCUUGCUACCUGCAUCUACUUUCCAAGGUACCACCGCUAGCAACAACAAUAACAACAAUCGCACAUCCUCAAACUCAAAGACCUUGUCGUAUGCAGACAACGGCACCGACUUCUUCGGAAGUGUUCCUUUCAUGCUUGACCCUAAGGAUUCCGUGAGCGAAGCGUCACCUCCACCUAGAAGCGGGGAGUUUUCAGAGGCAGGAGGUAAGAUGGAGAGUAAGGGUACUUCUCGCGACUACUUCGGACGUACUCCCGCAUCCACGUCUCUAAGAGAACCGUCGUUGCGGGAAUCUCUUAAGCAAGAAUCACGGUCCUCAUCAGUGGAGCGCAACCAGGGGACAAGUCCACAUAUAGCGUAUCAACAAAAGGACCGUAAGGCCACCGAACACAUUAGUGAUACUAUGAGAAAACGUCAAGACGAGCAGAACCGGUCCAAUGCGCAGGUCACUUCUCUACAGGACUCGUCGACCGAAGGAGAUUUCAAACUACAAGAUGUGCCUAAGCAACGAAAAACCUCUACACCGCGACAAAAUUCUAGGAAUGAGGGCUCUACGACCGCCGCGAGCAGCCAAGUGGUUGAGCGCAACGACCAAGCACGCGAGAAUAAGCGCAACUUGGAUGCAGCUCCUCGUCUGGUAGAGCGUAUAUCCUACGUCUCUGACGACUGGCCUUCACCUGGUCCUGGCACCCCGCAAAGUCUUGUGGCGCCCACGAAAGAGGUUGAGCGCCCUAAGCGAGGUGACUCUCUAGCAGCUUCAGCCUUGAAACCCUCCGUCACGAGAAAAGAGGUUGGCUCCGCGGGUUCAUCGGGACGUACAACACCAACACCUCCGACAACUCACGAUCGCGCUGUCCCGUCGUCAGCAUCCCAAAGUAGCCGAUUCACAUCCAAGCAGACCGAAUCUCCCGAAUCGAAAACACAGUUUGAGCCGCCACCUCGUGCCCCGAGCCGUCCGGGCACUGUUCAGAACACAUCUGAGACGGACAUCUUUGCCGCGCCUCGAGCCCCCCCUCCGGCUCCUCCUGUUACCAGACAUGCACCGAGUGCAUCGACAAGCACUGUUCGCAGCGAUAGUUCCACCCAAAAGUCGCCCAACCUUCCCCGCAGUAGCACUGGUGGAGAGUUUAGCAUGACGGAAGAGUUCGAACGUAUAAUGGGAGGCGGAGAGAAGAGCAGCGAGCCGGGUAUGUUCCGCAAGGUUUCAAACGCUGUCAAGCACGGGAGAAGCUUCAGCGAUCGGGCUCCACGGUCUGAGCGUUCGUCGCAGUCGCAAAAGUGGCCACGAUCACCGCUGAACGGCUCGAUGGAGAUCAGCAGUCCUACGUCAGCGACGUCUCCGAAUGCUCAUGAAGAGAACAUUCUAUUGAAGAACAAGCUACGUCAGGCUCAAGAAAGAAUCGCGAAACUUGAGCUCGAGAAGAAUGGCUUGCAGACGCUCGUGUCAAACAACGUCGACAUAUCACAGGUUAAUAUAGAGCUGAAGGAGAAGCGGUCAACCAUGGCCUUUUUGGACACACAGCGCGAGCUCGUCGUACGCGAGCUUGAAAUUAUGACUGAGCAUCUACGCCGAGCCAAAGAUUCAAAUCAAGCUCUGGACGUCAACGAGCUAAAGUCAGGAGUGACUCGUGAUUUCGCUGCGGCCCUGCAGAAGCUGAAAGACACUCUCGGGAAACAGAUCGAGGAGCUUAUGCAGAAGAGAAAUGAUUUGACAAGCGAGAUUGACGAUCUUAUUCAGAUGAAGGAUAAAGGCUUCCAAGAAUAUGAAUCGCUUAGCGCACGCAAUCAUCAACUAACACAGCAUAACAAUGAGCUUAUCGCUAGCAUUCAGGGUAACAUGAAAGCCAGCGCACGCCACAAUGCUGCCGAUGGAUCUGCCGAUGCUGGUCGACAGAUGGCCAACGGCUUAGGCUUGUACAUUUCUCAAAACAAGCAUGGAGUGCGGCAAGAUUCGAACGACCUGCGAGAACUUCUGAGUUCAUCUACGGACUAUUCCCAGACCACACUUGCCACAGAUCAAGACUCAGAACCUCUCGUCGUCGCGACACCCCAAGUGGUCAAGAUUGGAAAAGGUAGACCAAACGUGUUCAAGAAGGGCACUCAAGGUUUUGUCAAAGGGCUGCGCAAUGUCCGAAAGGAACUCGCCGGCGCCGAGCGGACGGACCGUUCUGCCGAGCGCAACAACAGCAUGCCCUAUAAUCUCGAGGGCACUCCCUACAACCAGAUGCCUCAAGUUACCGAUCAAAGCCGCAACGAGACGCGUACUCCGGCUGACGCUGCGGGGCGUCAAAAAUUUGGUGAUUUUUUCAGAGGCGAGCGCUCGGAAAAAGGCCAUCUUAAGCAUUUGAAGGGUGGUCCCAACAGCAGCAACACGAAUCUAGUCAGUGAUUCAAAUCUUGUCUUCGGCACCGAUCUCAGCCUGCGUUGUGAAUACGAGAAGCGCGUCAUCCCCAGUAUUGUAAGCCGAUGCAUUGAGGAAGUUGAGCUUCGAGGUAUGGACGUGGAAGGUAUCUACCGCAAGAGUGGCGGAACCGGCCAAGUCAAUCAAAUUCGAGCAGGUUUCGAGAAGGAUGUUGAUUACGAUAUAUCCGACCCAGAUCUUGACAUUCAUGCUGUGACGUCUGCAUUAAAGCAGUAUCUUCGCAAGCUACCUACACCGCUCAUUACCUACGACGUCUACGAACACCUCCUCGAAUGCGCACGUAUUGAAGAUCAGAAGGCACGGGCGCAGCCCAUGAAGGCUGCCAUCAAUGCCUUGCCCAAGAGCCACAAAGAUUGUUUGGAAUUUUUAGUCUUUCAUCUCGCAAAAGUUAUGGCCCAUGAGAAGCACAAUUUGAUGACUCCUCUCAAUCUUGCCGUUGUCUUUGCGCCCACUAUCAUGCGCCCGGUCUCCAUCGAACGAGAAAUGAGUGACAUGCAACUUCAGCGCAUUGCAGUUCAGUCCAUUCUCGAAAUGAACCAGGUCAUUUUUGGAUAUGAUAUGUGAUGUGCUUGUGACGGUAACCGCUUUCCAACUCUCACCGUGGGACAGGAUUAGAAAGUCCAGACAUCUGAAGAUUCCCAAAAAAAAUUCAGUUUACAUCUUUGCGCGUUUGAUAUUCCCCAGCAUGUACUUUGGUUUUGCUUUUCAUGGACGGGUCAGUUUGCGGGCGUGAAGUCCGUAAUUGUAUAAUUUUUCGUUCUCAUUAGAACCUUCACAGGGCCUCUUUAAAUACUCAUUCUCACAUGAAUCACGCUGGGAACAUCGAGUGAAUAUUUAGUUUUUGUAUACCAAAUUUGUUUCGGUCGGCGGAAAGCGAUAUGGGCUAGGUUGAAGCAACAGCCCCUUUGCUGGCGUUCGAGUCAUUCAAGUCUUCCACAACAUAGCACGCGAGCAGAGCAAAUGGCGUCCGGGUAGGAUACCUUUCAUUUUCAUUCUUCAGGGUCCAGCGGACUCUUAUGUGUAACUUGAAUAAGUUCAAACCAUCAACCUCUUUAACGUUGAAGUUAUCUUUCUUGA